AUGAUGGAGGAUGUUAUUAUUAAUAGUCCUUCAAACAAUAAUAAUAACAGCAACAACGGUUUAGAUAUUAAUAACCAAGAAAUUAUAAAUAAUAGUAAUACAAACAUAGAAAAAAUAAUAUUGCAUAAUCCAGAAGUUAUUAAUAAAGAGAAAUCGGACAAUAAUGAUAUUAUAAAUAAUGAGUUAAUAAUUAGCGAUGACAAUAAUAAAGCCAGUAUUGAGAUUAAUGGUAUAGACAAUAAUAAUAUAAAUCAUAGAGGUGAUGAUAAUAUUAAUGGAGAUUUAAAAUGUAUCGAGGAAAAGGAAGAAAAAGAGAAUAAUAAUGAAGGAAAAGAAGAAAAUGAAGGAAAAGAGGAUAAUGAAGGAAAGGAAGAAAAUGAAGGAAAGGAAGAAAAAAAAGAAAAUAAAGAAAAUGAAGAUAAAGAAGAAAAAGAGGAUAAUAGGGAAAUAGAAGAAAAUGAUGGGGCAGUUAGCGAUAAGGAUAUUGGAUACAAUAAAGAAGUUGGUGCGGAGGAAAAGGAGGUGGUUAGCAAUGUAUUUAAUAAUAGAGAUAUGCAAUCCGAAAAUGAUGGGGAAAAUAAAUUAUCAAAUGGAAAUAAUAAAAGAAAUAGUUUUGGUAAUCCAGAUUUAGAAAAUAUAAUAGAAUCUAUAAGGGAAAAAGCAAAUAGUCUCAACAACAGUAUUAAUAGUAGCGGAUCAAGUUUCAAUAGUAGUACAAAUAAAGAAACAAUAUAUUUAAAAAGGCAUCCAUUAUCACAAUCACCACUUAUUAGCCCCAAAACAGAAUCAACAAAUCCUCCAGAAAACAGUAACCCAACCUCAAUAACCACGACUACCACAACCACCACCACAACAACAACUAAUUAUGAUGCACCAUCAACACCGAAUAUUACAUCAAAUACAACACCAAAAUCUUCAUCAUUUAUUGCACAACCAACUAUCGCAAUUUUACCAGAGUUUCAUUUAGAUGAUAGACCUAUCUCAUCAUCAUCAACACCAUCUAUUACCAAUAGUAGUUCAGGUAGUAUUAGCGGCAAUACUGGAUCGAGUAUUGUUAGUUCAUCAUCGGUAGAGUCAAAUUUAAAUCAAAUGCAAACACAAUCGGUAACAAAUUCAACAAAUUCAACAUCUCCUUCAUUAUCAAAUGAUAACAUUAAUAAUGAUAGUUAUAAUAAUAAAGAUAAAGAUAAUAAUAAAGAUAAUAAUAAAGAUAAUAAAGAUAAUAAUAAUAAAGAUAAUAAAGAUAAUAAUAAUAAAGAUAAUAAUAAAGAUAGUAAUAAUAUCAAUAGUAGUCUUACUCUUUCUAAUAAUAUUCCAAUUACAAAUAAUGCAGUUGUUAGUAAUAGUUCAAAUAACAAUAAUAUUACCACCUCUAACAAUAACAAUAGUACUAAUAAUACUACAUCCAAUUCUAAUAAAAGUGGAUUUUUAUCAAGAAUUUUUAGAAGAGAACCGAGUAAAAAUACAUUACCAACAAAAGAUGAAAAUAAAAUUUUACCAGUGCAACCACAAAGUAAUGGUUUAGAUAUUGAAAAUGCAAUUUUUAAUAAAAUUUCAAAUUUAUCAUUAAAUCUACAAAAUUUACCAAGACCAGGUUCGUCAUCAUCAUCAUCGAGUCAAUCUUCAUCACCAAUUCAUAAAGAUAAACAACAAAAUAGAUUAAGUGGUAGCCAUAGUAUCAAUAAUUCAGGUUUUCAGCAGUCUGAUAAUUUAGAUACACUCAGUAAUUCUUCAAGCGGUAGUGCAUUUAUAAAGCACACAAAGACAAAGAGUGAUUUUAAUAGAUUGCUUAAAGAGAAUGAAAUCAACUCCUAUGAACACUUCCUCAGUAAGCUCGAAAAUGCAACACCAAUUAAAUCAUCAAUCGAUAGUUUUAUUAGAACCCUAAAGAAUAGAAAAGUGGCCAAUGAAGAUUUACGUGAAGCCCUAUUUGAUUUCGUCAGUAAUAUGCAAAAUACCCUAACAUUAGAUCCACAAUGGUCCGAUUCAGCCGAGGAUGAAUUAAAUUUCUCUUCAUUCCAUUUACAACAAUAUGUUUUAGAGAAGAUAUAUGACUAUGUUUUUCAACCUAGCGAAGAGGAGGCUAAAAAGGAUUCUGAUCUUUCAACAUUAAUUGAAAAGUUAUCAUUCAUUACAUUGGAGCAUAUGGAAAUUCCAACUUAUUCUUUUAGUGAGGCUAUGUGGGAUAAGGCUGGUAAAUAUUUACUAAAAAUAAACUACGCAAGGGAUGCGAGACACAAGAUUAUGUAUAUAAUGAAAUGUUGUAAAACUAUAUUAAAGCACAAUCAUAAAGAGGUUUCUGGUGCAGAUUUUCUUUUACCAAAUUUAAUCUGGGUAGUAUUAAAGAUCAAUCCACCUUAUUUACAUUCAAAUGUUGUAUUUAUAACCAAAUUUUCAGAUUCUUCAGAUUCGGAGGCAGUUUAUUAUUUAACUCAGCUUGUCUCAGCGAUCUAUUUUAUUGAAAAUAUUAAACCAGAAUUACUAAAAAUUGAUAAAAAGGAAUACCAUAGGUUAAUGGGCGAAAAAGCAGCAUCACUAUCACCUUCAAUUUCUUCAACAAAUAGUCCAACCAAUGGUAGUAACAACAAUGCCAAUAAUAACAAUAAUGAAAAUGGUAGUAAUUCAUCAAAACCAAACAACCUUACAUCAAAAUUAAUAGCAAAUGAUAAUGCUUUGGCCACAUUGGUUGAAAUGUUCCCAGAUUUAGAUACUGAGUACUUGGUAGAGUGCAUUAACUACAUUGAAUCAAGGCAUUCACAUACAACUAUUUCACAGCACGAUCUUGUUUUUAGAGUUACAAAUUUAAUUGCUGAAAUUCAAGGUUAUUGGAAUCCACCUCCAAAAUCAAAAUCAAAUAGUAAUUUAUCAGCAAUUGCAUCUGGGCUAUCAGCUGCCUCUAUUCAAAAACAACAGAAAAAGCAUCAACAACCACAACAAAAAUCAAUUCUUCCAAAUAGCUCGAGUAAUGAUAAUUUCAAAAAUCUUGAUAGUUCUUACUUAAAUGAUGAAAGCAUAAAUAACAGUGAUUCAAAUAGCAGUGAAUAUGGCGAAAACAUUAUUGAAACUAUAAUGAACGAAUCAAAUAAAUUAAUCGUAAAUAGUAAUAAUAGCUAUAACAACCUUACCCUAUUGGAUGGUAAGUCUUCAUCAACAAUAUCAUCAACAACAACACCAACCCAUAAUAGCAGCGAGGCCCAAAAGCUACAAAAUACUAUAGAUAAAAAAGAUGAAGAGAUUUCAAAACUUCAACAAAAGCAUAAACAGGAUCAAAUGGAGAUUUUAGAAUUAAAAAAGAACCUUCAGAUAAGAAAUAAAGAAUCAAGACAAUUUAAUAACUAUGUCAGUUCAAUUAAAAUCCCAAAUUUUAACUAUCAAAAUUCCAGAAUUGAUGAAUUAAAAAUAACUGAAGUACCAAUGCUUUUACAGGAAUAUAAAAAUAUAACAAAUCAAUUUAAAACAAUGUAUGAAAAUUUAAAAAAAUUACAACAACAACAGCAUCAACAACAACAAUAA